CUAAGACUGCCGGUGCCGGGGUCAACAUGAGGCAACACAAACACAACUCACCGGAAACAGUUUCUUAUUUCCUCCUUCGACGUUUGAUUCAGCCACUGAAGCUAUCUGCUGUCAUGGGACAACAAGGUGGUAUGUUCCUGCUCUUUAUGGACUGAUGCAAUCGCAAUUUUUCCUCCGCGCCUGCCCAGAGAAGCCACAGAACAACACCCAGCAUGCCUUCAGUUUCUAGUCGCUCCGGCUACCACGAUCAAACUCGUCCUUCCAUCAAUAUCAUAUGUCCUACUGGUGGAGCUGGAGUUGCUGAUGAGGUCGCGGUCACUUCAUCUUCGUCUACGUCCUACUUGUCAUCCGAGUCGUCGAGGGCAAGGGAAUUCCCCGUCGAAACACAACCAGCACCGCCAGCUAUGGCAGCGAUCACCAACGCCGAAGCUCCCCAGAGCUACUCUGCGUUUACCAAGGGCCAGAAACGCUUUAUCGUGGCCAUGGUUGCCCUCGCUUCUUUCUUCUCUCCUCUCUCCGGCCAAAUCUACUAUCCAGUCAUGCCAACUCUCGCCCACAACUACCACCUUACCAACGCCCUCAUCAACCUAACCAUAACCACCUACAUGGUCCUGCAGGGCCUCGCACCUGCAUUUCUAGGUACCUUCGCCGAUACCUGUGGCCGACGUCCCGCAUACAUCCUCGCCUUCACCCUCUACACCGCAGCAAAUAUCGGUCUCGCUUUGCAGAACAGCUACGCGGCUCUCAUGGUCCUACGGUGCAUCCAGAGUGCAGGGUCCAGUGGUACAGUCUCCUUCGGGUACGGGGUUAUUGCUGAUAUUGCAACACCGGCGGAACGUGGCUCGUAUAUUGGGCCCAUGGCCGCGGGUGUUAUGCUUGCUCCGGCAUUGGGUCCUGCUAUUGGGGGGCUUCUUGCGAAGUUCUUGGGCUGGCGGAGUGUCUUUUGGUUUCUGGCUAUUGUUUCUGGAGGUUAUUUGGUUGUUUACGGGCUCCUUGUGCCAGAGACCGUGAGAUGUAUUGUUGGAGAUGGGAGGGUUUUGCCAAAAGAGGUGUGGAGGAGGCCUGGAAUUCAGUUGUGGCGGGAGAGGAAGAAGGAGAAGCAGACGGUCAUCCAUGGUGUUGGUGUCGCCGAUGGGGGUGAUGCGGCACAAAACACCGUGAAUGGUGAUUCGGUGGCAACAGUGACAGCAAGAGCUUCGAAGCUACGCUUCCCUAAUCCACUGAUGUCUUUUGCUAUCUUGCUCGAACCGGACGCACUUAUUUUGAUAUCCUCUAUCGGCCUCCUGAUGCUUGCCAACAUUGCUUUGCUCACUAGCAUCCCGAGUCUUUUCUCGGAGAUAUAUAGCCUCAACUCCCUCCAGAUUGGGCUAUGCUUCCUUCCCCUCGGCAUCGGUGCCUCUCUUGGUGCACUCUUCAACGGCCGCUUCCUCGACUGGAACUUCCGCCGUCAUGCCGCAUCCCGGAACAUUCAUAUUAACCCAUCCCAGUCAACCUCGCUCCAGCAUUUCCCCAUCGAGCAUGCCCGCCUUCAGCCCUUCUUCCCGCUUAUCCUACUGACAAUCGCAACAACAGCCCCCUACGGCUUCGCCUUACAGGAGCGGGUUCACAUAUCUAUUCCCCUCAUAUUGCAGUUUCUCAACGGAUUCGCGACGAUUGCUUCCACGAACACGCUCAAUACACUACUUGUCGAUCUAUUCCCCGAAUGUCCCUCUACCGCGGCGUCGGCCUGUAAUCUUGUACGGUGCUGGCUUGGGGCUCUGGGAGCGGCAAUUGUGGAUCAUAUGCUUCGAGAUAUGGGCUGGGACUGGUGUUUUGUGUUUAUGGGUGGGAUGAUGCUAGCUAGUACUGGGUUGGUUUGGGCGGAAUAUGGCUGGGGUGUGGAGUGGAGGGAGGCAAGGAGGGUUAGGCGUGCUGUUAAUGCAGAAAGGGAGCAUGAGAUACAGACCCUAGAGCGAGGUGAUGGUGUAAAAGAUCCGGAAAUAAAUUAGAGGGACAUUGGAACUGACACUUGAAUGAUGAUGGGAUACGUACCAGCUCAGAACGCAGGCAGGCUGGGAGGGUGACAUGAUGGAAUGUGUGGAUUCAAAGCCCUAGGAAACUUCUGGUUAUGUGAUGAUGGGAUACAGCGUGUACAGUACUUUUUUCAUUCCCUCUGGGUAAAGCACAGAACUAUAAAAUGGC